CCAGAACAAGAGUGUUGGAGGAGAUAAUCGCGAAUUGCCCCAUCAGUUUGUUUCAUGUUUUCACCCCUAUACAAACAGUUUUCAUCACUUCCGAUCGAUCAAGGUCACCCAAUGAUCCCUAGGUUCCAGUGGGAUUCGACUUCCCACACUACCUACUGGACCAAGGUUUUAAGGUGAUCAGUCGAAACGACUGAGUUAGUCCUGUGGGGCAGAAGCUGCCGUCUUUUAGGAUCAAGCGUUGAUCCGUCGAAACAACUGAGCUAGUUCCGUUGGGCAAAGACUGUCUUCUGUUAGAAACACAAAAAACUAUAGCUUGUAGUGAAUACGCAACUUUAUUUCCUUAUAAAUCGCCAUCACAUUUUCAAGAGACAAGGUGUUGGCUUGGCUCUUCACCGGUCUCCGCCCAACAAUAUCUCUAGCCACUAAUUAAUGCACUUGGCCCUUUACCGGCCUCCUCCCAAUACCUUCUAAUUUUCCCAUUCUAACCAGUGGUCUUGUUUGUUUAUUUUCGUAACAUGUAUGUCCUUGUUGAAUCUUAAAUUGUUAUCAGGUACUGAAUGUUGUGAACGGUUGGCAUACUAUGGGAUUAGCAUAAAUCUUGUGAGCUAUCUCACAAAAUAUUUGCAUGAAGGAAAUGCCUCUGCUGCUACAAACAUCACCACUUGGGCAGGCACCUGUUACCUUACUCCCCUUAUUGGAGCUUUCCUGGCAGAUGCAUACUGGGGAAGAUAUUGGACCAUUGCUGCCUUCUCAACCAUUUAUUUCAUUGGAAUGUGCACAUUGACUCUAUCAGCUUCUGUUCCUGCUUUAAGGCCUGCUGGGUGUGAGGGUUCUGUGUGCCCUUCUGCUACUCCUGCCCAGAAUGCAGUAUUCUUUUUUGGUCUCUAUCUGAUAGCGCUAGGAACCGGUGGGAUUAAACCGUGUGUUUCAUCAUUUGGUGCUGAUCAGUUUGAUGACACUGAUCCAAAAGAAAGGCCUAAGAAGGGGUCCUUCUUCAACUGGUACUUUUUUUCAAUCAACAUUGGUGCUUUGGCCUCGAGUACUAUAAUUGUAUGGAUCCAAGAGAAUGCAGGGUGGGGGAUUGGGUUUGGCAUUCUUACGCUGUCUAUGGCCAUUGCUAUUGCAAGUUUCUUUUUGGGCACACCCCUUUACAGAUUUCAGAAACCCGGGGGAAGUCCUCUAACAAGAAUGUGCCAGGUCCUGGUUGCAUCCUUUCGCAAACGAAACUUGGCUGUCCCUACUGAUAAUACACUUCUUUAUGAGGCAAUUGAAGGAAGCCGAAAACUGUUGCACACUGAUGAAUUGAGGUGCCUGGAUAAAGCUGCUGUAAUAUCAGAUGCUGAACUGAAAUCAGGAGAGUAUUGUGAUUCUUGGAGGCUUUGUACUGUAACACAAGUUGAAGAAUUGAAGAGAUUGGUUCAAUUGUUCCCUAUAUGGGCUACUGGAGUAGUCUUUUAUGCUGUCCUUGCCCAACUGCCCACACUGUCUAUAGAGCAGGGCAUGACAAUGGACACCACCAUCGGUUCGUUCAACAUUCCAGCAGCCUCGCUUUCUAGUUUUAACAUUAUCAGUACUCUAGUCUGGAUCCCAAUCUAUGACAGGGUCCUCGUCCCCGUUGCCAAGAAAAUAACUGGGACCGAAAGGGGAUUUUCUGAUCUGCAACGCAUGGGCAUCGGGAUUUUCAUAUUAAUCUUGUGUAUGCUGGGCGCUACAUUGGUUGAGACGAAGCGACUGGAGCUUGCACGAGACCUUGGUCUAGUGAACGAGGGCAGUGCAGUGCCAAUGAGCAUCCUGUGGCAGGUGCCUCAGUAUUUUUUGAUGGGAGCUGCCGAGGUUUUUACAUCCAUCGGGCUGAUCGAGUUCUUCUAUGAUCAAUCGCCCGAUUCCAUGCGAUGCUUGUGGACUGCAUUGGCACUACUCACCACUUCCCUGGGAGCCUACUUGAGCUCAUUUAUGAUCACUGUUGUCACAUCUGUUACAGGAUGGAUUCCUGAUAACUUGAACCAGGGACACCUUGAUUAUUACUUCUUGCUCUUGGCUUUCCUUGGCUUCUUAAACAUGGUGGCAUACCUCAUCUGUUCCAAGUUGUAUAAAUCCAAACAGGUAUCUUAGUGUUUUCAAGACUUGUGCUUGCACACCCUUUUGUGCUCUUAUAAUUCUUGUAUCUAUAUCAAAUGAUUUAUGGUGUUAAACUCAAAGAUUAUAUAUGUACCUACAUCUUUGGCAAA